AUGGCCCCUGAUGUCGUAACCAGAGGGAACAGUACUCUGGCUAUGUUCAAGAGGCUCAUGCCAACCAUCGAAAGCUUGAUAAUCGACGCAACCACAGGACCGAAUCAAGCUGACUCGGCUAAUUACGAUAGACUUUGGACAUUACGACUAAACAGCAAAGAGAUGAGACAGGUUGAUGAGCUUAUAGGUGUAUUGGAGCUCAUUAAUGAAUUCGAUCUAGCUGUCGAGCUCAUCAUAAUCACAGACGGUUAUUUGGUUGCCACAACGUUCCACCCAUCAUUUAACACUCUCUGGUUCCUUGAGGAUCAAGCUGGAGCCAAAAAAUCAAAGAAAAAGUUAAGGAAGAGUACGAUCAGGUCAGCAACUGGCCUCCAAAGCGGGGUAAGGAGUAUUCAUACAUUCGCUGGCACCGGACGCUGA